AUGGCGACAAAAAGAAAAUUAAGUGUAUUGUGGAAUCAUUUCGUUGAAGAUGAAACUGGUAAACGAGCUAAGUGUAAUUAUUGUUUGCAGUACAUAAGCAUUUCUAGCGGGUCAGUUGGCAAUCUAGGCAGGCACAUCAAAAAUAAACACCCCGCAAUAAUAGUAAGUGUAGAACGGCAAAGUAUAGGAGAAACAGGUGGACAAAAUCUUGAAAAUAUAGCGUCAUCUUCAAAUUUGAAACCAACUCAAGUGACAAAUUCUGAAAUCGACAAGCAAGUCAUAAAAAUGAUUUCAAAAGGCCAUCAUGCUUUACGAAUAGUGGAAGAGCCGGAAUUCAAAAAGUUAAUUAAUAUGGUUUCUCAUUGUCCGGGGUAUCAACUUCCAACAAGAACAACUUUAACCAAUAAUUUUUUAACGAAUUCUUAUAAUGAAUUAAGAAAUAAAUUAAAAGUGAAAAUUGAAACAACAAGAGCGGUAUGCCUAACAACGGAUUCCUGGACUUCUAGGACCAAUGAAAAUUAUAUAGCUAUCACGGCACAUUACAUAGAUGAGCAAACCAAUCUUUGCUCGUCUUUAAUUGAAUGUAAAAAAUAUAACCACACCCACACGGGUGAAAAUCUGUGUAAAGUACUGAAGGAGACAAUGGCAGAGUGGAACAUUUCGUACAAAAUUGUAGCUGUUGUCUCAGACAAUGCCAGCAAUAUUUUAGCAGCUGUAAGGCUAGGUGGAUGGCGAUCUAUUGGGUGUUUUGCGCAUUCUUUAAAUUUGGUGGUGCAAAAGGCUACCAAGGAAAUUUCAGACGUCCUUGUUAAAGUUAAGGCUAUUGUAGAAUUUUUUAAAAGGAGUUGUCAAGCUCUACAAAGCUUACAAGACACGCAAAAUCGAAUGGGGUUGCCUUCUUUAAAAUUAAAACAAGAUGUACCAACGCGAUUGAAUUCAACCUUUGAUAUGUUGGAUCGAAUUUUAAAGUUAAAAGAUGCGAUAAUAACUACUAUCGCGCUCUUGAGAAGCGAUCUUUCGCUAGAUCAACUGGACUGGCAAAUAAUAGAGGAGGUAAUACCCAUUCUUAAACCAUUUUACGAAGUUUCUGCAGAAAUAAGUUCUGAGAAGAAUGUUACUUUAUCAAAAGUAAUAGUUUUCAAUAAACUCCUACAAGGCUUCCUGGCAAAAACUUCACCCGUGCAUGUAAAAGUAAUUGCUUUACGGGAUGUCUUGAAGCAACAAAUGAACAAGCGAUUUUGUGAAAUAGAGAACAAUGUGCUUUUUGCGGAGUGCACAGUAUUAGAUCCGCGAUUUAAAAAGCUUGGUUUCAAAAAUGAACAGGCCUUUGAAAUAGCUGUACAAGGACUUAGAAAUAAAGUCGGCCAUGUAACAAUACCUGAUCCUGCUAAAUCGCCAUUAGCAGAUGUUACGAACACUGCCAGUGCUGAUGCUAAUAUUUCAAAUAGUAGUAUUUGGGACGAUUAUGACGAUAUCAUUAUAACAAAAACGACACCUGAAAAUAAAUUAGCCACUGGCAUUAGAGAAGUUGACAAAUAUUUAAGCGAAGACUAUUUAAAUAGAAAAACAAAUCCUUUGGAAUGGUGGGAAGAGAGGAAACUUAUAUAUCCACAUAUAUAUGCCUAUCUGCUCAAGAGAUUUUGUAUUGUUGCUACAUCUGUGCCAUGCGAAAGAAUAUUUUCUGGCACAGGACAAAUCAUAAAUGAAAGAAGAACUUUAUUAAAAUCAAAAAAUGUGGAAAAAUUAAUAUUUUUAAAUCAUAACUUAUGA